AUGCUCCGGAGCUGUGACCUUAUGAAGGCGGCUGCUCCAGGAGGCGCGCCUAUGAAGCUGCCGAGCACGCGCAGGCCGUCGGGGAAGAAGGGGACACCUGCCGGCAGACUAGCCUCGCCGCCCGUUGGAAGCCGUUCUCCCGUCCUCGGCCAUGCCCCGCUGCUCGCUGCCGCCCGCCUCUGCCUCCUCGUAAUGCCUGUGGCGGUUGGUGGUGGUUCCCCGGUGCCGUAUUCGCCGCGGCCCUUUGGCGUGGCGUCUGCUGCGCUUGCCUCGCCUGUGCUGUCGGCGCCUGUGGCCCCUGUUGCGGCGAUGUCUGCCGCGGGUUCUCCUGCUCACGCGUGCUCCAUGGUAGUCGACUCUGGACGAGAGUCGGCGGGUGUGGACGCCCCCCCGCGCGUGGUGGCGCCGACGCCUGUACCUGCCUUCGUUCUGGCGCCUGUGGCUGACGUGGCGCCUCUUCCUGCUCCUGGCGCGGCACCCUCUCCUGCGCCUCUCCUUCCGUCGCCUGUUGCGGCGACCGCUGAUGCUGCUGUUGCGGCGCCUGCGUCUGGUGUGGCACCACCUCCUGCGCCGGUUCUGGCGCCACCUCCAGUGGCUCCUGUGGCGCUACCCGUGGCGGUUCCUGCCGCGUCCCUUGGUGCGCCGGGCGGGGGGUCUGCCCUUCCGCUCCCCGUGGCUCCCUCGUCUGUACAUGUCCUUCCCCCGGCUGCGCAGCAGCGGAACUCCCGUCCUCAUCCGCCCUCCCCUCAAGAUGAGCGAGAUGUGUCUCGGCGACGCCGUGACUCCCCUCGUCGGCGGCAGCCGCAGGCGAACUGGCAUGCGCACCAGAGCGGCUCGGGGGGAGGUCGCGGUCGCGGGCGUGGCGGGUGGUUGGGCGCCCCUGUGACAAUUGCCGAUGUACGGCAGAUCGUGACCGAGGCGUUUUGCGACGGACGUGCCGGUCCAACGAGUCAGAGCAGCUCGCGGUGUGCGUCUCCAGCGCCAACUGCCCCCCUUCCUGCUGCUCGCCCUGCGGUUGCCCCUGCGCAGGUGGUGUCUUUGCCGGCUCCCUCGCAUCCAGCUCAGUUUGGUGGGGCCAGGCUCCCUCAACUCCGACUCCCCUCUCUGGCGGAGGAACUCCGUCCUCCGCGUGCCGAGGUUCUUCAGGCGACCCUCGGCCAAUUGUGGCGGCUCUCGGGGAGCCUUCGAGCGCUGCUACUGGUGCAGACGCUGGCGCACGGGUCACUUCCGCCUGUUCCUGCGGAGUCCCUGCUGGACGGCCCACGAGACGACUGUCUUGACGCGGCCGACCAGAUUGCCCUCCUCCUGGCGCCUGUGUUGGCCGCGCCCGUGCGGGGAAGUGUUGGGGCUGUGGGGCAGCUGGAUUCGGCCGUGAGGGACGUGCGGCGGUAUCUGCGGGCAGGUUCCGGAGCCGACGCGAUUGGCGCAACCAUCCUGGUGGUGCGCUCGGUGUGGCAGACGAUGACGGGCAUCCUUCAUGCCCUGCAGGCAGAUCGGAUGUAG